AGAUUAGCAGUUGAAACAAAGCAGUGCUUUUUUACUUCUUUCUGAGAGCAGCUUGGAUCUCUUCCCUUCACUAAUCUGAAUAACAGCAUCGAUCUCUUUCAUCUUUCCGCUUUCGGGACCUCGCUUUUCCCGUUAAAGUCAAAAAGGACCAAUCCGGGAGAAAAAUCUAACGAACAGAAAGAGAAAAAGUGAAAAAGCUAGCUGGGAAAUUCGAAUUUGCUUUCGGAAGAAAAGAAUUGGGUUUUUGAACGAGGAGCCACCGCGUUUUCAGUUAUUGGAGUUGGUGAUCGAUCUGAUGAUGGAGAGGAAUUAUGGCGGUGGAAUUGGAGGGAGCUAUCCGUUCGAGAAUGGGGUGGUGAUGACGAGAGACCCCAAGCCGAGGCUGAGGUGGACGACUGAUCUUCACGACCGGUUUGUCGAUGCUGUCACUAAUCUUGGUGGCCCCGACAAAGCAACUCCCAAGUCUGUGUUGAGGUUGAUGGGCAUGAAGGGCUUGACAUUGUACCAUUUGAAGAGCCAUUUGCAGAAGUACAGACUUGGACAGCAGCAGUCACGAAGACAAUGUACGGCAGAACAACCCAAAGAGAGCAGUGGGGGCACAUGUGUACAAUUUGGUAAUCCUUCCUCGGGGACCAGUUCCAAUUCUUCAAGAGGUGAUAAUGAAAAAGGAGAAAUCCCGAUUGCAGAAGCACUUAAGUGUCAGCUUGAAGUUCAGAAAAGAUUACAAGAGCAGCUUGAGGUACAGAAGAAAUUGCAGAUGAGAAUAGAGGCUCAAGGGAAGUACUUGCAAGCUAUAUUAGAGAAAGCUCAAAAGAGUAUUUCCUUUGAUAUGAACGGCCCUAGUACUAUAGAAGCAACAAAGGCACAAUUAACCGACUUCAAUUUGGCUUUAUCAAGCCUCAUGGAGAAUAUGAAUGAAGGAGAUGGAAAAGAAAACAUGCUAGAGAUGAAUGAAAUUUAUAGAAAGGCCAAUGGAUCAGGCAUCCAUCUUUACACAGAUGGAGGUCAUGAAGAAAAUAAAGAUGCCAAGCUCAAGGUUGAGGGGGGUUUAAUACAGUUUGACUUGAACACAAAAGGAAACUAUGACUUUGUUGUUGCAAAUGGAGCUGAUUUGGAAUCCAAGAUGCUUGCUUAUAGGAGAUAGAAAAUUGGAUAUAUAAUGUCUUACACUUAAUUUGAUGACAUAAAAGUUAUCUUUUAUUGUCUGCUUUAUAUAAUUUUGCAUUGAGCUUUAACAAUUGUAACUGACAGAACCUUAGAUGUAUAAUAUACAUUUACUGAUGAA